ACAAGGGUCAGUUCUGAAAUCUGAACGCUCGGGCGAUGACAGUGGGGCUUGCAAUUGCCAAGACUCUCUGAGGAAUGGCAAAGUCUGAGGAUUCCAGCUCUGAGAGUGAAGAGGACAAGGAGUCUCUUGAUGACAAGCUGAAACGAAUCACCAAGCUGGGAAAGGAUGGCAACGUUGAGGCUCUGGCGCAGGAGGCCAAACUGGCGGAUUGCUCGCCGGAGAUGGUCUCCUUCGCAUCCCAAAAAGCGAAGGACUUGGGUAACUUGGCUUUCCAGAGGAAAGAGUAUGAUCAGGCCCUGGAAUACUAUGCGGGAGCCUUGCUGGGAGAUGUGCCAGAAAAGCACAAGAUCUACAGCAAUCGCUCUGCUUGCCUUUUCCAGCUUGGCAAGUACACAGAGGCGCUGGUAGAAGCGACCAAAGCCAUCAAAGAGAACCGCGCCUGGUCCAAGGGGUACUUCCGAGCAGGGCGUGCAGCCCUGGAGAUGGAGUACUACCAAGAGGCCCUGGACAUGUUCGAGAAGGGCUUGGAAAAAGAGCCCAGUAACAAGGACUUGGUGUCGUGGGCACAGAAAGCGCGGGACAUCAGGAAUCAGAACCAGCAGGAGAAGCUGGUGAAGAAGCACACCACCGACUACUCCAAGUUUGACGCAUUGAUGCAGCAGCAAAAGGAAGAGGAGGACGAGGAGGAGGCUGCCAAUGACCCGAAUCGCAUCAUCCUGGGUGACAAGUACUACUCGUCCUCCAAAAUGGAGCAGCGGCAGCUCAAGGCGAUGCUGGGCUACAAGGAGCCUCCGCCACCCCCUUUCGAGCCCAAGUUCGACAUGGAGAAUGUCUACAGGCAUGAGAACCGUGGCCAGAAGACGCAGCAUCCCAUUUGGGACCCCACGACGCGGGAGUGGCGGAUAGACGCCAAGCCUGCCCCCAGCCGAGUGGACUACAGCGACUCGCAGCAGGCACAGGCCAUCGCGCUCUUCCUUGAGCGACAGAGCGAUGUCCAGUAUGCUGACGAGCUGCUGAAUAUGCUCGAUCAGCAUGCAAGUCCCAUCGAUGCAUACGUCAAGGCUGUGCGGGAUGUUGUUGGUCAGCUGAUGGGAGCCACAAAGGAGGACGGGACUCGCCAGAAGCACAACAUGCUGGGCAAUGACGCGAGGUGGCUCUUUGUUGGGAUUGGCAGCGGCCUUCCCUUGCUGACGGCAGCAAGGUACCUCCCAACCUCGGACAUCGUUGCCAACACUGCGCAUCGGGCGACCUACAUCGCGGAUUUAUGCAUGACAGUCGCUCGAGAGAACGGCUUGAAGUCGCAGCAGGUGAAGCGGCCACCUCGGAGCAUUCGGAAAUCCAAGGCUCCGCCUCCCUGUGACAGGUUUGUGCAUCGGCCAUCUCAUGAGCUGGCAGUGGUGGAUCCUGACGGAGAUGAGAACAACCUCACCGGCAAAGUAGAUGUGGCAGUCCUUGACUACGAGCUUUUCGACCCAGGUUUGCUUGGAAAGGGAGUGUUGGCAAGAAUCAACCACAUCAAGAAGCGCCUCGUGACUCAAGAUCACAUGAUAGUUCCCAUGGGUGCACAGAUCCUAUGUGCCGCGUGCGAGAUGCGAUGCCCACGUGGAGAAGGCCCCGAUGGCUUUGACUGGCGUGCUGGGGAUGAGACGCGGUGGGGGGCUUUCUACGAGUCGGGGAAUUUGGACGGCGGCCUCCGGGAGCCCUGGCGUUGCCUCGGGCCCGUCCACGAGGUCUUCGAGUUCGACUUCACGGAGCCAGAGGUGAAGAUGAGCGGCCAGACCGACCUGCGCUUUGAGGUGCAGGAAGAUGGCGUGCUGAACUGCAUUGUGUUCUGGUACAAGAUGGCGUUGACAGCAGAAGUGGAGCUGGACCACACCCCGGCCGACCUGCGGCAAGGCGUCGCCGAGCUUCAUGGCGACUACAAUCGCCAUGCCUACCAGUGGCUGCCGGCUCCACUGGAGGUGUCCAAAGGCGAGGUUAUCCACGUACGUGCCUCUUACAGCCGCUCGAGGAUACGCUUCGAAGUCAGCCCUGAGGCAGCGAAGAAGGAAAAGGCGGUGGGCUGCCCCAGAUGGCUUUUCUUGCGGCUCUGGGAUGAGCAACGUCUGGAUGCCUUCAGAAAAGCUAUUGACAAGGCCCUGGAGAAGAUCAUGGAGGCGCGCGAGGCUCUCCCGAAGCUGGAGAGGCCUCCGCUGCGCGUGGUCCACAUGGGAGCAGGACUGGGCCAGGUCUCCAUGUUGACGGCCCAAUGUGCGAGGGAAGCUGGCAUUACGGAUUCGGAGAUCGAGACGCAUGGCUACUCCGUGAUUGCAUUGGAGCAGAUGCCCAAAGUGGUGAAGCUCGCCAAGCGCGUUUUCCGGGACAACUGCCUGGACCGCGAUGUCUUCCUCUGCUCGGAGGACGUGCGGAAGCUUCCGAGCCAGCCGCAGCGAGCGCAGCUUGUCGUGUGCGAGCUCUUUGACGCUGGACUGCUGGGUGAGGGCAUCCUGGUGCUGCUGAACGCGGCGCGCAUCAAGAUGUGCAAUGCCUUCGAGCAUCAGGUGAUCCCUAGCAGAGCGACGAUUUGGGCGGCAGCUUUUGAGUUUGGCGAGCACUUGACCAACUACGAGGGGUUUAACCUCUCCGCGUUCAAUCACUAUCGCACGGGCUUGAUGACGGACCUCGACACUGCCCUGGCUGAGGGCACUGCGCGGCAGAUGUCCCACGUGUUUGAGGUGCUCAAGUUCGACUUCGAGAAGAACGAGAUGCCGAAUGCGCAUAGCAUCACCUUCACACCCAUUGCAUCAGGCAAAGUCACCGCCAUUGUCUUUUGGUACGAGAUGCACAUGGAUGCUGAAGGAGAGGUGAUCCUGACCAACUGGCCGGAAUCCAUUCCGCCAGCCGACUUUUCCAUGCUGGAGAAGGAUCUGCAUCGCGUUUCUCCUCUUCGCCAAGCUGCUUGCAACUUUCAAGGGAACUACAUCCGCGAGGUCGUGAAGGACGAACCCGUGGAGAUUGAUGUGGGCUACCAGCAGGCCUGGCCGCAAUUCAUCUGGCCUGGCACGGAGAUGGUGCAGAAAGAGAGCGGAGAACGCAUCCCGAAGCCACCACCUAUGCCCAGGCACAGACUGUACUUCGAGAAGAUGAAGACUGAGACUGAAAAGCUGGAGCAACAGCUCCAGGGUGGCUUGAUGUACGAUGAGGAGAUGUUGGGUGAUGGGUACGCAGCUGCAGAGCGGAUUGCGCUCGAGCCCAAUGGCAACCCAAAUUAUUUGAUUGAUCCGCAAAACGCCAACUUCUUCCACAUGAUGUUCUUCCUCUGAGCGCGCCAGGCUUUCCGUCGCAUGGAGUCGCUUGGCCCCGGCCGGUCCAGGUUGUACAGGGCAAGAGGGC